AAGUAAGUGAACAAGAAGAAGUUGAAUUUAAGCAAGAAGCAAUUGACCAAAUUCACCAAAUAUUGGUAGAUAUGAAAAAUAGAUUUCCUUAUUGUAGCAAGAAUAUUGAGCAAGAUUUAAGAAAAUUGAUUAGCAAGCCAUUAAGAAAUCAAUUUAUGAAUGUUUGUUUUCAACAUAGUCUUAUGUAUGACUAUAAAUGGGAAGGCAAAGAAAACUUAGAAAAAAUUGUUGAGAGAAUUAUUAUAGAUUACUUUGAAGACACUGAGUUAGCCACUGAAUUGAAAAAAAAUUGGAAACUAUGA